AUGGCUACCAACGGCGAUUUCUCCGACGACGAGUCCCAGCCUGGUUCCCCCGUGCUGGAUGCGAACGGCCAUGAUGACAUCGAAGAGCAGGAGCCCCUUGACGGAAAGUCCCUCAAGUCGGCAAUGAAGAAUACGGGCUCAGUGCUCCCUCUUCCUCAGUCGAAGCGCCCAGAGCUGCCCGAGCAGCCAGACCCGGAGACUCUCGACCUUUCGAAACUGACUCCUUUGUCGCCUGAAAUCAUCGCGCGCCAGGCCACCAUCAACAUUGGUACCAUCGGUCACGUCGCUCACGGGAAGUCGACAGUGGUCAAGGCUAUCUCAGAGGUUCAGACUGUCCGAUUCAAGAACGAACUGGAACGAAAUAUUACGAUCAAGCUGGGUUACGCCAAUGCGAAGAUCUACAAGUGUGACAACCCGGAGUGCCCCCGGCCGACAUGCUUCAAGAGUUUCAAAAGUGAGAAGGAAAUUGAUCCGCCCUGUGAACGGCCUGGAUGCGCUGGCAGGUACCGUUUGUUGAGACACGUUUCGUUCGUCGACUGCCCGGGGCACGAUAUUCUUAUGAGUACCAUGUUGUCAGGUGCCGCCGUCAUGGAUGCUGCCCUUCUCUUGAUCGCCGGAAACGAAACAUGCCCCCAGCCCCAAACGUCGGAGCAUUUGGCAGCUAUUGAGAUCAUGAAACUCAGCCAUAUCAUCAUCCUGCAAAACAAGGUGGAUUUGAUGAGGGAGGAAGGAGCCAUGCAACACUACCAGUCGAUCUUGAAGUUCAUCCGCGGUACCGUUGCCGAUGGCUCUCCCAUUAUUCCAAUCUCUGCACAGCUGAAGUACAACAUCGAUGCUGUCAACGAGUACCUUGUGUCCCACAUCCCCGUUCCUCUCCGUGACUUCACCGCCUCACCUCACAUGAUGGUCAUUCGGUCCUUCGAUGUGAACAAGCCGGGUGCUGAGAUUGAGGAGUUGAAGGGUGGCGUUGCUGGUGGUUCCAUUCUGACUGGUGUGCUGAAGUUGAACGACGAGAUCGAAAUCCGUCCCGGUCUCGUCACCAAGGAUGAGAAUGGCAAGAUUCAGUGCCGCCCCAUUUUCUCUCGGGUUGUCUCCCUGUUCGCCGAGCACAACGAUUUGAAAUUCGCUGUUCCUGGUGGUUUGAUUGGUGUCGGUACCCGCGUGGAUCCCACUCUUUGCCGUGCUGACCGUCUCGUUGGUUUCGUCUUGGGUCAUCGUGGGCGCUUGCCUGCCAUCUACACGGAAAUUGAGGUCAACUACUUCUUGCUGCGCCGACUCUUGGGUGUCAAGACCGCCGAUGGCAAACAGGCCAAGGUGGCUAAGCUGAGCAAGAACGAGGUUCUCAUGGUCAACAUCGGUUCUACGGCUACCGGUGCUAAAGUGCUUGGUGUGAAGGCCGAUGCGGCCAAGCUCAGCUUGACCAGCCCAGCAUGUACCGAAGUUGGAGAGAAGAUCGCCAUCAGUCGGAGAAUUGACAAGCACUGGCGUCUGAUUGGAUGGGCCAACAUCGUUGCGUAA